AGAUUCAGUUAUUCAAUUCAAUCAUUAACCAAAAAAAAAAAAAAAAAAACAGAAACGCAGCAGACUCAUUCCCGGAUAAUCAAGAAUGGCCGGCGAAUCGACGCCGGCAACCGGGAAAACUCUCCCUUCAGGAUCCAUGGAGGUGAGGGAGAGACGAAAAUGGGGUGUUUCAGCCUCAGAUGUUGUGUCCCAUUUUGGUACAAGUGGAAUGUCUGUUGCUGCUGCAACUGCAAUCACUCAUCCUUUAGAUGUUUUGAAAGUUAGAUUGCAGAUGCAACUUGUUGGUCAGAGAGGGCCUUUGGUCGGAAUUGGGAGGCUUUCUCUUCAAGUAGUUGAAAACGAAGGACUGAAAUCCUUGUAUCUAGGAUUGGCACCUUCAUUGAUGAGGUCAGUUCUUUAUGGUGGUCUCCGUUUAGGAUUAUACGAACCAUCAAAAUAUCUCUGUGAAUUGGCUUUUGAGUCCACCAAUAUCUUGGUGAAGAUUGCAUCUGGAGCAUUCUCAGGGGCUGUUGCCACAGCACUGACCAAUCCCGUGGAAGUCUUGAAGGUACGGAUGCAAAUGAACACAAGAUCAAGCUUAGGACCAAUCCAUGAAAUGAGGAGAAUUGCUUCAGAAGAAGGAGUAAGAGCUCUUUGGAAGGGAGUUGGGCCUGCUUUGGCUAGAGCUGGCACUUUGACUGCAUCUCAGUUGGCCACAUAUGAUGAAUCUAAGCACGCACUAAUAAAGUAUACUCCCCUGGAGGAGGGAUUUCACCUUCAUCUCAUCUCAAGUAUUAUUGCAGGGUCAGUAAGCACAGUUAUGACAGCACCAAUGGACAUGGUUAAAACCCGUCUUAUGUUGCAGAGAGAAUCAAAUUGUGCCGGACUGUACAGAAAUGGAUUGCACUGUGCAUAUCAGGUACUCCGCACUGAAGGUCCUUCUGGUCUUUACAAAGGAGGCUUUGCAAUAUUUGCAAGAUUGGCUCCACAAACCAUGAUUACUUUUGUACUUUGCGAGAAGCUUCGGGGGCUGGCUGGACUAAAGGCCAUUUAAUCUUACGCCAUCUUAUUUCAUUGGCGCGAUCAUUUGAGUUACUGAACACCUCCUCUCCAAGAUAUAUGUACCACCUUUUGUUAUACUAUAGGCUGUAGGUUCCUAAACACUAGUGACUGCUAUACAAUCCAUUCUUUUGAAGUGGAAGGAACGGAACGUUUUCCCUUCCACUUCUUAAUUUUACCUCAAGAGUCAAGAUGUAUCAUAUCAAAACAUCUCCUUACAAAUUUUACAGUAAAUUUAUGAAUGAAUUUAUUCUUACAUCUAUUGA